UUUUAUAUUUUGUUUUUUUAGUAAUUAAUUAGUUGAAAAAUAAUUCGAAAAUUAUUAAUUGUCUGCUAACUUCAGGAUCAUUUAAUUAUAGAUUAUUCAGCAAUGAAUAAUUUAUAAAUAAAUGAUAUAAUAAUGAAUUUUUUAUUGUCAAUAAUAAGAAAUGCGAUAUUAAAUAUGUUGGAGUUGAUAUGGUUCGGAAAACGAAAGAUAACAAAUUCAUUGAGUGUUUAUAUAAAAACAAAUACUGGAAGCACACUGACUGUUGAUUUAGAUCCUAAAUGGGAUAUAAAAAAUGUAAAGGAAAUACUGGCGCCGCAGAUGGGAAUGCCAGCUGAGGAUAUAAAAAUAAUAUUUGCUGGCAAGGAAUUACAUAAUUCGACGAUUAUUGAGGAAUGUGAUUUAGGACAGCAGAGUAUCCUCCAUGCAGUAAAAGCGCCUCGUAGAAAUCGUAAGCCUGUUAAUCACACUGGUGUGACUCCAUCAAUUCAAGAGUUAGAUGAUGAUACUGGCAGCAAACCAAUGAAUGAAACACUUUCAGAUCUUUCUUUUAAUGAAAUUGAUCAAAAUGAUCAGGAUAAAGUUGAAUCAAAGGCUUCUGAUCAAGAACAUCAAGGAAAACGUGCCCACUUUUACGUAUUUUGUUCGACACCUUGUAAGUCAGUAGAAGCAGGAAAAUUACGGGUGCGCUGUGCUUUAUGUGGCAGUGGAGCCGUCACAGUAGAUCGCGACCCUCAGUCAUGGCCGGAUGUGAUGCAACCAAAUCGCAUAACAGUCCACUGCGAAAACGACAACUGUAUAACAAAUAGACCGAAUAAUUAUUCCGACAAUCAAAUUCCGUAUGCGCACUUUUAUUUCAAGUGCGCAAAUCACACCAGCAGAGGCGAAACUGACGAAGCGGUUCCUCUUUACCUCAUAAGACCGAAUCUCAGAAAAAUUCCCUGUCUCGCUUGCACUGACGUAAGAGAAACAGUCCUGGUAUUUCCUUGUGAAGCAGCUCAUGUCACUUGUCUGGAUUGUUUCAAAGAGUAUUGUCAUAUUAAACUAUCAGAACGUCAGUUUGACUUUGACGAGAGUACCGGUUACUAUACGCUACCGUGUCCUGCAGGAUGCGAUGAUUCAUUUAUACGCGAAAUUCAUCAUUUUAGAUUAUUAACACCAGCUCAAUAUGAUCAGUAUCAACGUUUUGGAGCUGAAGAAUACGUACUGAGAGCUGGUGGUCUCUUAUGUCCGCAGCCAGACUGCGGUAUGGGAAUAAUACCCCCGACGCCAAGUGAUAAUUUAACUGAAGAAGACUGCAGAAAAAUUCAGUGUAUCGGUGGCUGUGGAUAUGUAUUUUGUAUGAAAUGUUUACGCGGUUAUCAUCUUGGAGAAUGUGAUACCCCGCAAUCUAUUGCUUCUAGCUCUCAGUUACGGUCUGGUUAUUCUGUUGAUCCCGCGCGAGCCAAAGAUGCUAAAUGGGAUGACGCAAGUACAAAAACAAUUCAAAAAUCAACUAAACCAUGUCCUAAAUGUCGUACGCCAACAGAACGUGAUGGCGGAUGCAUGCACAUGGUUUGCACACGUGCCGGAUGUGGUUUUCAGUGGUGUUGGAUGUGUCAAACACCCUGGACUCGUGAUUGUAUGGGGAAUCAUUGGUUCGGUUAAUUUUAAUUACUUUAAUUAAUGUGAUUUAUUAAUUGUUAAUAAUUUAAAUAAAAUACUUAAAUCUUUUUAAAAAAUUUAUUUAUAAGAAAAUAAAUUAUUUGUUUUAUUAAA